AUGGGCUUACUUUCUCUACUCAGAAAGUUAAGGUCCAACCCUGAUGUUGAGCUCAGAAUACUUCUACUGGGCCUUGAUAAUGCAGGAAAGACCACUUUACUCAAAGUGUUGGCGUCAGAGGAUAUAUCACAUAUUACACCCACACAGGGUUUCAAUAUCAAAUCAGUGCAAUCAAAAGGCUUCAAGCUUAAUGUGUGGGACAUUGGUGGACAGCGGCGGAUUCGGCCGUACUGGAAAAACUAUUUUGAGAACACAGAUUUGUUGAUAUACGUUAUUGAUAGCUCUGACAGGAAAAGAUUUGAGGAAACUGGUGAUGAGCUGACAGAACUGUUAGAAGAAGAGAAGUUGGCGGGGGUUCCCGUCUUGAUCUUUGCCAACAAGCAAGACCUACUGACGGCAGCAAAGGCCAGUGAGAUUGCUGAAGGUUUGAACCUUAACGCAAUCAGGGACAGGGAAUGGCAGAUCCAGGCCUGCUCUGCCCUUACUGGAGAAGGAGUCAAGGAAGGAGUCGAGUGGAUGACAAAAACAUGCAACAGAAAGAAAUGA